AUGGUUGCCAUUGUCGCCACUGAUCGCCGAGUCACGGACAUAUUCGCCAAACGCCAAGACACACUUACAGGGGAAGAAGAAGAGUUUAUUGAUUGGUUGGAGAGUUUUGAGGCUUGUGCAGCUGUCAACAAGUGGACAGAUGAGGAAAAGUGUCAGUUUGUGGCCAUCAAGCUUAAAGGUUCAGCUCGUAAGGUUAGACACAUGAAUCCGGCAACUUUAGAUGAUGCUGUUAGAAUGAGUAUCGAAUGGGAAGCCGUAGAAAGAGAUGUACGUAACCAAAGUGCUAACAAACCAACACCAGUGGUGAGCGACUUGACCGGUGCAGUUGGCGGGCAAACCACAUCUAAAACAGAUGAGCUUAUAAGUCUGAUGACUAAACUCCUGUCAGGCCGUAGCACACCUCUGGGUAAUCGUCUGGUCACUUUUUCCGAAUCUGUCAUUUCUGCUAAUGGCGAAACUAUUCAUAUUUUGGGGGAGGUGAGGUUAACGUUCCAACUGGGCUAUGCGGAUAUAGUCCAUCGUGUACUGGUAGCCCCUGACUUAGCGCAAUCCUGCAUUUUGGGUCUUGAUUUCUUGGGGAAAAGUAAAGCAGUAAUUGACACCCAUUCACGGAAACUUAUGAUUGAUGGAAAAACGAUUCCAUUACGAUCUACAAAGAAAAGUAUUGUAUGUCGAGUUUCUUUAGCAGAAACAGUUACAAUUCCAGGGGGGCAUGAGAUGAUCUUGCCUGGUAAAUUACUUGUUAAGGGUAGAACGGUUUCGUACCCUAAACAGGUUGGAAUGGUGGAGGGUUCCAAGAUAUUUUCAUCAAAAUCUAACGUUGCUAUUGCCAGAGUUUUAGUCAUUUCAGAUUCUGGAGGGUUACGAAUAUUGCUCCUGGGCCGGUUGUAA